AUGUUAGAGACAUACUACGGCUGCGUGCGGACUCCUGUGGACGCCAUCAAGCUGUUUGAGGCGUGCAGGAUAGGUCUCCUUCCGCGGGUCCAGAGAAGGCUGUCGGAGAAAGAGCGGCAAGCGAUCCGGUCGGGUUCCGUCUUUGUGUGGGAUGAACGGGAAGCGGGCAUGCGGCGGUGGACAGACGGUAAGUCAUGGAGCGCCAGCCGUGUGUCUGGGAGCUUCUUGACCUAUCGGGAAAUGGAGGGCAAGAGGGGGAACGCCUUUGGGACUAGAAGGAAUGCGGGCAAGACGCCGGAUUCUGGCCGCGGUAGCGACGAGGACCACGAUGAUGGAGAGCCGGACGGGUAUAGGUACAAGGCCGACGGACUCAUGAAGCAGUCGUUUAGCAUUACGACAUCGGCAGGGGAGCAUCUCCAU